AUGAAUGUUGAUAGACAAACAAUGAGAUCUUAUAUGAUCACAAAACUUUUUGAAGCUAUACGCAUUCGUUGGCCUCGAGAAGAUGCCAACGAGAUAAUUUGGAUACAGCAGGACAAUGCUCCCUCACAUAUCCACGCCGAUGAUCCUGAUUUUAAAACAGCAGUUGCCCAUACCGGCCUGGAUAUACGCAUAAUGAAUCAACCUUCUAAUUCUCCUGAUAUGAAUUGCCUAGAUCUUGGUUUCUUUGCAUCUCUUCAGUCGAUGACGGAUAGAACGACAUCGAGAAACAUGGAUGACAUCAUCGCAAAUGUGAUCAAUGAAUAUGAACACUACAACCCUGUUAUUCUAAAUAGGGUAUUCCUGACGCUACAAGGAUGCAUGAUUGAAGUUAUGAAAGAUAAUGGAGGGAAUAGGUACAAGAUCCCCCACAUGAAUAAGCCGAGGCUGGAGGCAGCAGGCAUGCUUCCCAAAUCUCUUAGUUGCGACAGGGAGAUAGUUCAGAAGGCAAUUGAGUCGUUGAACGACUAA